GAGUAAUGAAACUAGUAUUUAAAAACGAAGGGAGUAUAAAUUACGGUAAAUCGGUCAAUCGGACCUUCAGACUUUCAGAUCACCCAUGGCCAAAAAAAAAAAAAUUAAUAAAAAAGAAUAUUCCUCAACCCCAAGUACAUGCAUCCCAAAACUUCCUCAACAAUUCCACAAAAAAGCAGGCAAACAUUAACCUGCAAAAUCCAGGACUAGGAGAAAAGGAGGCGCCAUUACCCUUUUCUCUUCCGACCAUUCUCACCUUCAUUCUCUCUCACUCACCUCAACAAUGGCCGCCAUUACUCGCCUUGUCAACCAUUCAAGGUCAUCCACCUUCCCCUCUAUUUGGAAGGCCAUGAUUACGACCUCCGCUUCCGCCUCCGCCUCAGCCUCUCCGUCAUCUGGGUCAGAUCUGAGCUCCAGAAACGUGCAGUGGGUGUUCUUGGGUUUUCCUGGCGUCGGAAAAGGCACCUAUGCUAGUCGCCUUUCUAGUCUCCUCGGCGUCCCUCAUAUCGCCACCGGUGACCUCGUCCGCCAUGAGCUUUCUUCCAAUGGCCCUCUUUCUCAUCAGCUUGCUGAAAUUGUCAACCAAGGUAAACUAGUAUCCGAUGAAAUAAUAAUUUCUCUGUUAUCAAAGAGGCUUGAGACUGGAGAAGCAAGAGGUGAAUCAGGUUUCAUUCUUGACGGAUUUCCACGUACUAUAAGACAAGCAGAAAUAUUGGAAGGAGUAACUGAUAUAGAUUUGGUGGUUAAUUUGAGAUUACCUGAGCUAGCUUUAAUUGAGAAAUGCCUUGGUAGAAGGAUUUGUGGCCAGUGUGGUAAAAACUUUAACGUCGCCUCUAUUAAUAUCAAGGGUGAGAAUGGAAUGCCUGACAUAAGUAUGGCUCCACUGAUGCCCCCUUCGCAGUGUGCUUCCAAACUGAUCACCCGAGCUGAUGAUACUGAAGCUGUUGUGAAAGAACGGCUUCUUGUAUACAGUGAAAAGAGCCAGCCACUAGAAGAGUUUUAUCGCAAUCGUGGCAAAUUAAUGGAAUUUGACCUCCCAGGGGGCAUCCCAGAAUCCUGGCCUAAGUUGCUGGAAGCUCUUAAUCUUGAUGAGCAUGAAGAAAAGCUCUCUGCCGCAGCAUGAUUUUUUCCCUACCCCAAAAGUCAGUUUGUUAUUUUUUGCAUGUUCUUGAAGCAUGCCAAACAAUUUUGUUAGUGGUAACAGGAAUUUAUUAGUUGCAAUAAGUAACUCAUACGUGCAAUGUGAUCACGGCGGAUGCCUGGCAAGUUCUUGUACCUUAAAGGUGAAAGAGUUAGACAAGCAUUGUUACAUAGCCAAUCAUUUUUUCUUCAGGUCCGUUGUUGCAGGACUGGGUAUGUAAUUGUUAUGAUUGUUGAGUGUUGCGUUAAAUAAAGAUACUUAGUUUUGAUUAAUUAUAAUUGUCAUUGUCGAUUACUGUUUUG